AUGGCUUUAGAACCUAUAAAUUGCGACUCUCACUCUAGAGAUAUCGAACAGGCAUACCUGAAAGUGGUCAGAGGUGAUGACGAUCAAACAAAAUGGUUAAUCUUAUCACCAAACGCCUCCAAAGAAUAUUUCCCAGAAUCUACUGGUUCUGAUUUCACUGAAUUUUUAGCAUCAUUCGACGAUACCAAAGUUCAAUAUGGUAUGGCAAGAGUGUCUCCACCAGGUUCAGACGUGGAGAAACUGAUUUUAAUCGGUUGGUGUCCAGAUUCUGCUCCAAUGAAGACUAGAGCUUCUUUUGCAGCAAAUUUUGGUACCGUGGCUAAUAACAUUUUAAAAGGCUAUCACAUCCAAGUCACUGCUAGGGACGAAGAUGAUUUGGAUGAAAAGGAGUUACUCAUGAAAGUUAGUAACGCCGCCGGUGCUCGUUAUUCUAUUCAAAAAAGUGCUUCCGCUCCAACCAAGCCAAAAAUCUCUUCUCCUCCACCAGUGAAGAGGAGCAUCCCUACUCCAGUGGUUGCCCCAAAGAGAACUGUUCCACAAUCUAAUGAAGAAGACGAUUGGGGUGAACCAGAAAUCAAAGAACGUGAUUUUAACAAGCAACCAUUAUCUGCCAACCAAUCUACUUACAAACCAAUUGGUAAGAUCGAUUUACAAAAAGUCAUUGCCGAAGAAACUGCAAAGGAGGAUCCACGUUUAGUCCAUGCUGAAGCAUCCGGCUCAAAGAUCAAUCCAAAGGAUGACAUUGCAUCUCUAAAGAACCAAUCCAAAUUACAAAGAGACAAUGAAAUCAAUUCUUUCUUAAAGGGCACCAAACCACCCGUAUUAGGAAACGAGUACAAGAGAAAUGAUGAUAACGUCAUUAAAGGUUUCAAAACUGAAAAGACUCCAGCUCAAUUAUGGGCUGAAAAGAAGGCUAAACAGUCUGCCACUACUGAAUCAACCCAAGUAGAAGAACCAGCUAAAUCAUAUUCCGCCGCUGGAGAAGAAGAAGAAAGAGAAGAUGAAGAACAAGAAGAUGUUAACGAUUUGAAAUCCAAGUUUGAAACCUUAUCUACAGAGCCAACCAUCAUUUCCCCAAAACCAUUCUCAAAACCACCGGUUCAAGAAGCUGAACGUCAACCGGUCAAAACUGAUUACACAAAAAUUGGUACCCGUCUACCGGGCAUGCACCAAGAAGUUUCUGAUCAUGAGGAAGAGCAACAAAAUGAAGACGAUUGGAAUGAUGAAGAAGAAGAAGCUGCUGCUCCAUCAUUACCUUCUAGAAAACAAGAAAUUGAACCCGAAGAAGAAGAGCAAGAAGAACCUCCUACCCCAUCGCUUCCUUCUAGAACAAAUGUUGACGAAGAAGAAGAACAAGAAGAACAAGAGGAAGAGGAACCUGCUCCAAGCUUACCAACAAGAGACUACGAUGAACCACAACAAGAAACUAGAGCCAUCCCACCUCCACCUCCAAGAAGAGCUACAGAACAAAAGGAGGAACAACCAUGGGCUAUUGCUGAGUAUGAUUACGAAGCAGGCGAGGAUAAUGAACUGACUUUUGAAGAAAACGAUAAAAUCAUCAACAUUGAAUUUGUCGACGACGACUGGUGGUUAGGUGAACUAGAAAAGAAUGGAGAGAAGGGUCUGUUCCCAAGUAACUACGUUAAUUUAGGCAAUCAAUAA